UCUUCAAUCUCAGUAUCUUCCGCUUAGCUUCCUGUUCACAGUUUUGACUUUGUCCAGCAUGUGACACAAAUCUCCAAAUUAUUCAAUUUUGCAAGACAAUAUUUUGCACAGAAAUAUGAAGCUCUAUUGGUUUCACUUUACAGCAUAAACCAAUAAAGAACAAAAACAACAUGGCAGAGAAUAAGAAACAACUUAUACCAAUCAGGUACAUCGUUGCAUUGCUAGGCCAUUGUGGUAUACUCGUAGCCUAUACGAUGAGAGUGAACUUGAGUGUUGCGCUUGUGGCAAUGGUUAACUCGACGUAUGUACAAGAGAGAUCGCAUCAUACCAUAGAUCCCGAGUGCCAAAAAUCGGGCACUAACUCAACCACUUCACUUCAGGAUGGUGAAUUUGAAUGGGACGAGCAGCUACAGGGUACCAUUCUUGGCUCAUUUUUCUAUGGAUAUAUGGUGACACAGUUACCAGGUGGCUUGUUGGCAACACUUUUUGGGGGCAAAUGGGUGUUUGGCAUUGGAAUUCUUAUCACUUCCCUGCUGACCAUAGUAACGCCAUUUGCUGCAAGGUUGAAUGUGAACUUAUUCAUAGCACUGAGAGUGGCUGAAGGAAUUGGAGAGGGUGUCACAUUCCCAGCAGUUCAUGCAAUUUUAGGAAGAUGGUCACCAGUAUAUGAAAGAAGUAAAUUGGCUACAUUAGUGUACUCAGGAUCAUCUCUUGGAACAUUAUUAGGGUACCCAAUUGCUGGUGUGCUUUGUGAUUCAAAUUUUCUUGGUGGUUGGCCAUCAGCCUUCUAUGUUUUUGGUGUACUUGGUAUCAUAUGGUUCAUUUUCUGGUGUCUGUUUGUAUCGAGCUCACCCGAAACUCAUCCAAUGAUAUCAACAGAGGAACGUCAUUACAUAAUUGCUCAUCGUGGAGGUAACAGCUUUCGUGAAAGUGAUCGUCCACCAUGGAUAAAAAUCUUUACAUCCCUUCCUGUGUGGGCAAUAGUUGUCGCACAUACCUGUCACAACUGGACAUUUUACACCUUCCUGACUUGUCUUCCUUCAUAUUUCAAAGAGGUUUUGAACUUUCCUAUUAAAGAAAAUGGUUUCCUGUCAGCUCUGCCGUAUUUGGCUGCUUUCAUAUGCUCUUUGAUAGUUGGACAGUUCGCUGAUUUUCUUCGAUAUAGGGGCAUUCUCAGCACUGGAAAAGUUCGCAAGCUCAUGACUGUAUCAGGUCUUUUUAUUCCAUCUGGCCUUCUGAUUGUCAUGAGCUACAUGGGGUGUGGCCAGGUAAUCAUUGCAGUUGCCCUGGUUACGACAGCUAUUGGCAUACUUGGCUUUAAUGUUGCAGGCUUUUUGAUAAACCAUUUAGAUGUUGCACCGAAAUAUGCAGGCAUUUUGCAAGGAAUCACAAAUACGGUGGCUACUGUACCGGGUUUCUUAGGGCCUGCCGUUGUCGGCAUUCUUACCGAGAACAAGCCUACGAGAGAGCAAUGGCAGAAAGUUUUUUUCAUAUCUUCGGGCAUUGCUACAUUUGGCGGUAUCAUAUUCCUGAUAUUUGCAUCCGGAAACGAACAGACCUGGUGCAAACGGCCCAUUCUUAUCGAUGACGAAAAAGAAAAUAACGAUGAUGACAACCGUCCCUUGGUACAGUAAAAAAUUAAAUUUGCAUUUCAAAUAACCCUCUUUUUAGAAUACCUGGAUUUUUGUAAGAUAAACUAUAAUUUGUAGAUGAUCAAACCUUUUGAAUGUUACAGUUUGUUAAAGAAUAAUCAACUUAAAAAAGCAGACACUUUGCAGAACUAAACUAAGGAUCAGAUCGAUGUGGGUUCUACUUGUCCUGCAGUUUUAAGUCCAGCCUUGAAAUAGGCCCAGGUCAAUACAGACGAGAAUUUUCCUGAAGAUGAUAAGGCCCCAGGUACAAGUUCUUUUAAGCUGCCGCAUUAGGCCCAAUUAAGGCUUAGUCCGGCUUGUAGAUACUAAGUUACAAUAUCUAACACAAUUAGUGAGUGAAAUGGGAGAAAAGGUAGAAUAAGUGAAAGUAGAUAUUGAGUGACUUUAAACUUUAUAACGUAAAGAUCAUUAAAUUCAAAAGAUUAGAUUAUUUUACACUUCUAAAUAUUUGAUGUAUUUUUUUCGCUCGGGUUUAAAAAGAAUUUCGUAAGAUUUCAGCUAUCGAAUAUCUACAUAUAUCUUCAGCUAUCGUAUAAUGUGUUUUUGUGUAGCUUUUUUCAAUUUAUCAUGGUUAGAUUCAAAUUCGCGCUUUUUGUUUAUCUAAUGCCCUUGUCUUAAACAUUGAAGGGUGCUUUUAAGCUGCAUUUUGUCUAUCUUAAUACUA